AUGGCAACUCAAUCAUUGGUCAAUGACCUCGAAGAAUGGAAGAUUGUCGACGAAUCUUUGGGGAUGGACCUUCCUGAUAAUGAUGAACCAGACAUGUAUCAACCACCAAUCCCUCCACCACCUCCUUCCUCGCCACCUAUCCCAAUGAGUGAGCUAGUGGCUUCAAUUGAAGCUCAAGCCAAGCGAGCUGGUGCUGCUGCUCGACGGCAUCUUCUGGGGCCCGAAUACGCCCAUCUCCCCAAUGUACAACUUGACUGGUCACUCGUGGGCCGGGAUAUUUGUCGUGUUGUUGGCAUGACAUGCCAUGGCAAGAGGUUGGGCUCUGGUCAUCUGAGGAGGCAUAAAUACAAUGACAAACUUCCUGCUGCGCAGACCGAGCCAGCCUCAUCUCUAUCUGCUGCCAAACCACCGACCCCUGUCGCGCCUGCCCCUGAGAUGGUGACACCAGUUGAGUUAAUGGAUGUUGAAAGCGGAAUCCUCGCAGAAAGAGCCAUAAAUACCACGCAUUCUGCAAGGGAGAAGGGGGAUGGAAAAUCUGGUGGAAAAGCCACUAAACGUCCCAGGCUGGCCCUGGGAGCUACAAUUCCAGAUUCGGAGGUUUACCUCCGUACGUCGCGCCAGAUCCGACUACUCGACCUUGAGGCCAAAAGCCCACUGUAUACGCAUUUCACGGACACAAUCAAAGGUGUUGCAACUAUUCGGGCCUUUGGGUGGCAACAAUUUGACAUUGCCCAUAGCAACAAACUUCUCGACACAUCCCAGCGCCCAGCGUACCUCCUGGCAAUGAUUCAACAAUGGCUCGCCACAUUGCUUCACUUCAUCGUUACAGGCACGGCCGUUCUUCUCAUCGCUCUUGCAACUCAGCUUCGAACCAAUGCAGGUUUGACUGGCGCCAGUCUUAUCUCUCUUCUGACCUUCAGUGAAGCCUUGUCGAACCUCAUCACUAGUUACACUUCCCUUGAGACGUCGCUAGGCGCUGUAAGUCGGUUAAGAUCCUUCAGUGAAACUGUUGAGACAGAGAACAAACCUGGGGAAGUUAUCAAGCCCCCCGAGACCUGGCCUCAGAGCGGCAGCAUACAAAUCCAGAAGGUCUCAGCCUCUUAUGAGUCCCCCAAUAGUGAGCAACAAGAAGCUUCUUCUAGCUUGGCACUAUGUGAUCUCGAGCUGGACAUUUUGCCAGGUCAGAAAGUCGCUAUUUGUGGCCGUACAGGAAGUGGAAAGUCAACCCUUAUUCUUCUCCUCUUACGUCUCAUCGAUCCUCUCCCCUCUUGUGAUUCGAACAUGAAGAUCGACGAUAUAUACCUACAUCAAAUAGACCGCGCUACCUUACGCAAGCGCGUCAUCUGCAUUCCUCAGGACGCAGUGUUUCUCCCGGAUGGCAGCUCUGUCAAAGACAACAUCGACCCUUACAAGGCAGCCACAGACGCAGAAUGCUUCAACGUUCUCAACACGGUGCGGCUAGCAGGCUUUGUCCAAGAUAAAGGCAGCCUCAACGCUGGUAUGAGCGCCGAUGAUCUCAGUGCUGGACAAAAACAGCUGUUUAGCCUUGGUCGAGCGAUCCUUCGUCGUAGGGUGCGCGAUCGCUUCGCUGGGGGUGAGAAGCGAGGUGGAUUGCUGUUGCUUGAUGAAGUAAGCAGCAGUGUCGACAAAGUAACUGACAGGGCUAUGCAAGAGAUUAUUCGUGAGGAAUUUGAGAAUUAUACAAUUGUCAUGGUGUCUCAUCGACUUGAGAUGGUUAUGGACUUUUUCGACAGAGUUAUUGUUCUAGAUAGGGGUACUGUUGUAGAAUCUGGUGGGCCAAGGGAGCUCGUUGAGACGCCGGGAAGUCGAUUUGGUGAUCUUUGGGCUGUUGAGCAUGACGGCAGGUCAGAAUAG